GCACUUGACGCAUGCGCAGUUUUAAUUCAGCCUCUAUUUCCUUCACUUUCGCAUGGAGCAUUUACAUUUUGAAUCGGUUUGGCGGGAAAGCAAAGGCCGCAUUCCUGCGUGAGGGAGGACCAUGCGGCUGAAGGUGCUGGUGGUGGGCGCGUGCAAGUCGGGGAAAACGCGGGUGGCCAACGUGCUGUCCGAGGCCGUGGAGGACACCGGCGUCUGCUCGCCCACGCAGGGUGUCCGCAUCCUCGAGUACGAGCCGGCCACCACCUUCGCCAACAAGUGGGUCGCCGAGCUCUGGGACUGCAGCGGACACCAAAGGUUCGAGUCUUGUUGGCCGGCGCUGCAGCACGGGGCGCACGCGGCCAUCCUGGUGGUGGACCCGUGCAAGGCGGAGGCGGCCAGGGCGGCGGCCGAUCGCUUUUCGCCGCUGCUGGCCAACCGGCCGCCGGGCCAAGCCCACGCGCUCGUCGUGCUGCUGCCCAGCGGCCCCUUCCCGGCUUCGCCGCCCCUCAGACUGACCGGCGCGUGGAGCGAGGCGCGGCAGCUCAGGGCCGACCUGGCCGCCGACGGAGGCCAGCAGCUGCGCCGGGACGUCGCCACCUUCCUCUCGGACGUCGCAGCAGUCGCUUCCGACAGGGACGAGUUUUCCUUCACCUGAUUUCGCGUCCGAAUUGCAGCAUAAUAAAUAAGAUUUUCGAAUUCCGCUGGAGCAAAUACAUAUUCUUUCAUAAAAGGGCAAAAUCAAUCAUUUAGAUAUAUAUAUGAAAAAUAACCAGUUAGAAAGAACUAGAUAAUUCUUGCGUAAAUGAGAGAUAACUAGAAAUCUUUACUCGCAGACACCUCGACGCUGAUUGGCUGCACGCAACGCGCAUGUCAACAGCUGCCUCGGUUGCCUAGCAACGCAAUUUACACUUGUGAAUUGCGCGGGAGAUGCUAACAUGCGCGUUGUCAGCCAAUCAGCAUCGAGGAUUAUUCUAGCAGAGAAUACUUGCUGAUUUCUCUGAUUUGAGUGUUUACAUUCGCAAUUAAUUCGGUUUAAAUCCACUUUAACGUGUUUCUAAGAUGAUCACAUAUCGUCAGAUCAUUUCCUCUUGCAAAAAUCCUUUUAUAUUGCAAAUAAGGGCAAAAUGAAUCAUUUUCGUGAAUGAUAACCAGUUAGAGAAUUUAUCAGGUAAUUGGAUGACUUAAUGACUUAUUUUUGGAAGGAAUGCGGUUGAAU